AUGAAACAAUAUCAUACUGUCCUUUCCAUGUCCAAAACAAUUGAAUUGCUAGGAAUCUCUCACAAUAUUUAUUCUCUUAACAUCUUAAUUAAUUGCUUCUGCCGUUUACAUCUUGUGGAUUUUGGCUUCUCUGUUUUCGGGAAGAUGUUCAAAUUCGGAUUGGAGCCUACCACUGUGACAUUUAAUAGCUUAAUUAAUGGGCUUUGUAUGGAGCGUAAAAUCGAUAAAGCGGUGGAAUUUUUCGAUGAUAUGGUUGCACGUGGUUAUCAACCUGAUGUUUAUACUUACAUUACGAUAAUAAACGGAAUCUGUAAAUUUGGGAAAACAAAAGUGGCUAUUGGGCUACUAAAGGGAAUGGUUGAUAGAGGUUGUGAGCCAAAUGUUGUGACAUACAAUGCAAUCAUUGACGCACUUUGCAAGGAUGAGCUAGUUGGUGAGGCUUUAGAUCUCUUCUCUCAAAUGAGGAAUAAGGGCAUUUCACCUAAUGUCAUCACUUAUACUGGUUUAAUUCACGGUGUUUGCAAAUUAGGCCAAAAGAACCAAGCUUUGGCCUUGAUGAAUGAAAUGGUGGAGCAGAACAUAUCACCUGAUGUUUAUACCUUCAAUGUAUUGAUUGACGCUCUUUGUAAGGAUGGAAUGGUUGCAGAGGCUCAAAAUACAUUCAAUGUAAUGAUUCAAAGAGGUGUAGAGCCUGAUGUGGUCACCUACAAUUCCUUAAUUGAUGGUCUUUGCAUUUCAGACCAAUUCAAGGAAGCUGUGGCCUUGUUGAAAGAAAUGGUGGGGAGGAACAUAUCCCCUAGUGUUUUUACCUUCAAUAUAUUGAUCGACACUCUUUGUAAGAAAGGACUGGUUUCAAAUGCACAGAAAAUAAUCAAGAUAAUGAUUCAAAGAGGUGUGGAACCUGAUGUUGUCACUUAUAAUUCAUUGAUGGAUGGAUAUUGUCUGUGCAAGCAAAUUGAUAAGGCUAGAAAGGUAUUUGAUCUGAUGGUGACCAAUGAAAUAGCUGACAUUUUAGGCUAUAACAUUUUGAUCAAUGGAUAUUGUAAGUGCAAAAUGAUAGAUGAUGCAGAGGAACUUUUUGAUGAAAUGUCUCAUAAAGGUUUAGUUCCUAAUGUUGUUACUUAUCAUACUCUUAUAAAGGGUAUGUUUCAAGCAGGGAGGCCCCAAAAUGCAAAAGAGCUUUUUAAGGAUAUGUGCUCUCAUGGUCAACAGCCAGAUAUAGUAACCUUCUCAAUUAUGAUUGAUGGCUUGUGUAGACAGGGGAAUCUCGAUGAGGCACUCGCACUAUUGACAGCAAUGGAGAAAAGUCAGUUGAAGCCUAAUGUUGUGAUCUAUAGCAGUCUGAUCAAUGGUAUGUGCAAAGUUGGGAAGAUUAAUGAUGCCAAGGAACUUUUUUCUAGUCUUUUUGAAAUUGGUUUACAACCUGACGUUUAUGUAUAUAACGCAAUUAUGAAAGGACUCUGCCAACAAGGAUUAAUGGAUGAAGCGUAUAAGGUAUUUAAAGACAUGGAAAAGGUAGGAUGUUUACCAGAUAAUUGUUGUUAUAAUAUCAUCAUUCAAGGGUUUCUCAAGCAUGAGGAUUUACCAAAAGCAUCAGAACUAAUCAACGAAAUGGUUGAUAAGGGGUUCUCUGCUGAUGAUGCUACCACAGAAUUGGUAGUAUAUUUAUCGCGGAAUAAUAAUCUCAUUCUGAGGCUUUUAAAGGUCCGCAAUGAGGGAUCAGCAAACUAA